UGGCUCACGCGGUGACCCACAUUGCACAACACAGGGACAUAGAUAUUGACUAUAAACAGCUCCUGACAUCCGUGAAGCUUCGUUUGUAGCCUUUGUUACACAGGAAUGUUGACGGCAGAUAUUCGUACAUCUUUGACAUGACAGAUACACGACCAGAGCCGACACCGUGUCCGGAGAUCAACGCCUCGAAGUUGUCUCGACUCUUCUUCUUGUGGUCUAACGGGUUAUUAAAGAAAGCUUAUACAGAAACACUAACAGAGGACACAUUGUGGGGCAUAAACCCAAGAGAGAAGUGUCAGAAUGUGUGUCCAAAGUUCGAGAGAAUCCUUUCAGAGGGGACGUCAAAAUCAAGAACCACGAGACAUCAAACUCAUACAGAAGACAUUCCAUCAAGUCACCGGAGUACCACGGGGCCCAUGUCUGAUAUACGACACAGAAAGGGAACCACAGAACAAACAGUCAAACAUAUUCACGUCAAACAUAAAACACAGGAUGUCACCCAACCGAAUCCGAAAGUCAAACACCGUUCUCUGUGGAUGGUCAUCAUCAAGACAUUUUGGAAAGAGUUCUUCAAAGCUAUGGGUCUUAGGUUUCUGCAGUAUAUAAUCAUUUGGACAACAAAUCCUUUCUUUAUGAGCUACCUGAUCGACACAACUGAUGACCCAGACUCCAGUCCGUGGAUGGGGAUGCUGCUGUCCAUGGUUCUCCUGCUGUUACUGAUGACGGCGGGACUGUUGUUUGAACAUUCCUUUUUUUAACAACCACAGCCUCGAGAUCCAUAUACGUUCAUCCCUAAUGUCCUCUGUUUAUAAAAAGGCAAUGAAUCUCCACUGGAAGUCCCGUAAGAAGUAUUCCAUAGGUGAGAUGACCAACUACCUCUCUAGUGACGCUGACACCAUCGCCUUCCACCUCACCCACCUGACAGAGGUGAUGUACACUCCACUCCACUUCAUCGUGGUCUUCUACCAGCUGUUCUUCAUCCUUGGUCCAGCAGCUGGGCUUGGCUUGGCCACUGUCGUGCUCAUCAUGCCCAUCAAUGUGUACAUCGCCGUGGGAAUGCGGGCUCUGUUCGACGAGAACGCCGAUAACAAGGACGAGAAGAUUAAGCUGUUGAAUGAAGUACUAACAGGGAUGAAGGUAUUAAAGCUUCUUGCCUGGGAGAAGUGUUUCGGAGACAAGCUUGAUGCAAUCAGAAACAAGGAACUGUCAGUUCUGAGACGUCUGUACAUUUUCCGAGCCUUCAACGUCUUCAGCUGGAAUGCUUCACCUUAUGUGAUUUCCGUGGUGAUGUUCUGUGGGUUCUACUACAUGAACGGAGACAGUAUUUUGUCACCGAAAUCUGCCUUCGCCGUUGUGUCUCUUCUAAAUCUACUCCGAUUCGCCAUCAGUCAAACGCCCGAAGUCGUGUUUGACAUCACAAAGGCCAGUAUUUCAGUCAGCAGGCUGCAAACAUUUCUACAGGAGGACGAGUUUGAAGCGAGUUCGGCAGGAAAUGCUCACUGUAAUGGUAUUGCCAUCAAGAUGGAGAAUGCCAGCUUCGGUUGGGAUGACGACAGUUCCAAAGCAACUUUAAAAGCUGUGAACCUCAGCAUCCCUGAGAGGAGCCUGAUGGCCGUGGUGGGUCAUGUGGGGGCUGGGAAGUCUUCCCUGGUGGCUGCUGUCCUGGGGGAAAUCCAGAAGGUUAAAGGUCAUCUCAGCGUCCAAGGUCGCGUUGCCUAUGUGCCUCAACAAGCUUGGAUCCAGAACGACACCCUGCAGAACAACAUCUUGUUUGGGAAGCCGAUGGUCAAGCAGCUGUAUGAUAAGGUGGUGGAGUGCUGUGCCCUGAAACCUGACCUGACUAUGCUGCCGGCAGGGGACCUAACGGAGAUAGGGGAGAGGGGUAUCAACCUGAGUGGAGGACAGAAGCAGAGAGUGUCUCUAGCCAGAGCUGUCUACAACGAUGCUGAUAUCUACCUGCUGGAUGAUCCACUCAGUGCUGUUGACAGUCAUGUUGGGAAACACAUCUUCGACUGUGUAAUAGGCGCAAAGGGAAUGUUAAAAGACAAGACACGAGUCCUGGUAACGCACAACGUCCGUUACCUGCCUGAUGUUGACAGCAUCGUCGUUCUGGGAGACGGCACAGUGGCAGAGACGGGAUCGUUCAGCGACCUCCUCAACGGUGACGGUGUGUUCACGCGUGUGCUGCGAUCUUACCUGGUGGACUAUGAAGACAACAGGGCGUGUGUAGAAGAUCUUGAGAAAGGCGAAGGGGACGACAUAGGCAGUGAUCUGAAAACAAAGCUGAUUCGUCUGAACAGCGAGGAUGGACCUGCAGCAACUGACGGCAGUCAGAAAAUAACUGCAGAGGCCAACAUGAAGACAUCAAGACAGACCUCCAGACAUCUGUCGACCUCAGAAGAUAACCCGCAAUCUGAUGGAAAGAUCAUUGAAGAAGAGGAGUCGGUGGAAGUUAGUGGGAAGCGGACAUGGAGUCUGUUCCUGGAUUAUGCAAGGGUCUACGGCCAUUGGCAGAUGUUGGUGACAGUGACGUCCUAUUGCCUGUACUACGUCCUCUGGCUGGAGGGUAACAUCUGGCUGACCCAGUGGACGGACGACCCCCUGCUGAAGAGUGUCAGAGACGGUGUCCUCGCCAAUGGGACAACACAGGAAGACAUUCGGAGGACCAACAUGCAGUAUCUGAGUGUCUACAGCGGACUUGGACUAGCCAUGUCGUUCUGCAUCCUGAUAUACACUUCUGUCACAACGAUCGGUGUGGUAAAAGCCUCGAGAGAUCUACAUCACCAAUUGCUGACAAACAUCCUGAGAGCUCCAAUGGCAUUCUUCGACACAACACCAAUCGGCAGAAUAACCAAUCGCUUCUCACAUGACAUGGACAAGAUCGACGGGGACCUGCCAUUUGGCCUUGAGUUUUGGCUGGACUGUGUCGCUAUCGUGGCGGUUGCCCUGGUCGCUGUUGUGUACAGCUCUCCCCAUGUUAUAGUGCUCAUCAUACCGCUGGCAUACUACUACUGCUAUAUACAGGGUGAGGUCAAGGAGUUCGAGUCUCCAGAGAAGCUUCUCCAGAAGCAAGGUUUGUUCUAUCAGAUGACACGUGAUGCAGGAAUCAACUCAAGUAGAAUGCCCAAUUCAAGUUGA